CUCUCAACACACCACGGCCGUUUUUUACCUCCAUCAGAAACAGUCUUGAUUUCUGUAUACCCCGGACUGAUUCUAUUCCGCCGUUUAUUAUCAUAGCUUCCUUCCCCUUGUAUUCGUCGAUUCGUCUCAGCCCGCAGCUCACCUCUUAGCCCUGCCACUCUCCACCAUGGAGAACCAAAAGAUCUCCGAUUUCCUGACCGAACAGCUUUCACAAGCUCCGGAGCAAUCCCAACCAUUUUUCCUCAGCUUUGAAGACUACUGGGAGCGAAAGUUAUGGCACCAACUCACCGAUACCCUGAUCGACUUCUUCCGCACACCAGAGAGUGCUCCGCAGCGGUUAGCGAUCUUCAAGACGUUUGUCCUCAGCUUUGCGGACCGGAUUAACCAGCUCAAAUUUGUGUCGCUGGGGUUGAUGGCAUCAACAGGAUGUGCAGAUGACCAAGAGCGACUGUCUUUCCUUACAUCAUUGGCCGAUAAAGUCAACAAGCCCGAAUCACAAGAUGCCUACGCCUAUGCCCUUGCGGACGUUGCCAACGUUAAGCAGCGGCUACAGGACUUUGAUGGUGCGAAGAAAGACCUGGAGAUGUGCCAGCGGAUCUUGGACUCGUUCGACGCGGUUGAGACUGUUGUGCAUGCUUCUUUCUAUAAAGUGAACGCAGACUACUACCAUGCCAAACAAGAAUUCGCCUCCUUCUACAAGAACGCCCUCCUCUACCUCGCCUGCGUAAACCUUGAGGACCUGUCCGCGUCCGAGCGGGCGACCCGCGCAUAUAACCUUAGUAUCGCCGCUUUAGUGUCCGACUCGAUCUACAACUUUGGUGAAUUGUUGAUGCACCCGAUCCUCGAGUCGCUCAUGGAGGCGCAACACACCUGGCUGCGUGACCUCUUGUUCACCUUCAACCGUGGCGACCUGGCCGCAUACGAUGUGCUGGCCGGCAACAUCGCCAAGGACCCCCUCCUGGCACAACACCGCAUCUUCCUCUACCAAAAGAUCUCCCUCGCCGCUCUCACAGAGAUGGUCUUUCGCCGUCCCCCGCACGACCGCAACCUGACCUUUGAAUCGAUCUCUGUCGAGACGAAGGUGAAGCCGGAGGAGAUUGAACAUCUGAUUAUGAAGGCUUUGUCGUUGGGUCUCCUUAAGGGAUCGAUCGACCAGGUCGCCCAGGUUGCUCAGAUCAACUGGGUGCAGCCCAAAGUGUUGGAUCUGAAGCAGAUUGAAGGCAUGCGGAACAGGCUUAAGGACUGGGAUGCCGGUGUCAACCAGCUGGGCCACUGGAUCGAGGGUGUUGGCAAGGAUGUGUGGGCUGCAUAGAUAUGUUCUAUCUGGAUGGAGACGGUACUGCUUGCAUUUACGUACAAUCCUGUAUUAGAUUUCCUGAAUAUGAUAGGAAAAGCAUGAUGGUAAUUGAUGAUGGUUGCAAUGUCAAGAACUAUAAUAUCCCAUACCGCUCCGUACAUAAAACCCAUAUUAAUCUAUACAUCCUUCACAACAAAACAUAUAACACCACAUCCAGCCAAGCUAAAACACUGAAGAUCCCAACAAUGCACACCCAAUAACCCAAGCCGGCCACCAGACACACCAAACAACAACUUGCGUCCACACCCCCCAAACAUCCCACCCAAACGCCGCCAGUGUAAGCACACUCUCCACACUAACCCCAGCCCACCAACACCCACCCACAAGCACAACCGGCGGCGAAAGGACAUUC